GAGCGGCCCGGGCGCGGUACGAGCCGCCGGUGGCUGGCUCAGGCCCCGCGCGGAAGGCCCUCCUUCCACGACGGACGCCCUGCCCGUGGGCGGGAAGCGGGGAGACGGAGACUGCCCUCCCGCCGCUGCCCCGGCGCCCUGCGCCUUUAAGACGGGCUGGUCCCGCAUCACGUGUGAGGGGAGUGUAAACAGGAAGCGCGGCCGGCCGGCCGGGAGGUGGCGGUGGGUUCGUUGGGAACCGUUUGCGCCGCGAGCCGCCGCCGCCGCCGCCAUGAGCCGCGAGCCACCGCCGCCGGGGGAGGAAGAGGCGCCGGUCGGAGGAGGAGGAGGAGAAGGGGACGCCGGGGAGGGCGGCUGCUACCUGGCGCUGUGCGCGCGGCCCGUGCAGUUCGAGAAGGCCAACCCCGUCAACUGCGUCUUCUUCGACGAGGCCAACAAGCAGGUUUUUGCUGUUCGAUCUGGUGGAGCUACAGGAGUAGUUGUUAAAGGUUUGGAGGAUAGAAAUCCCAUUUCCUUCAGGAUGGAAGACAAAGGAGAAGUGAAGUGUAUCAAGUUUUCCUUGGGGAACAAGAUACUGGCUGUGCAGAGAACUUUGAAGAGUGUGGAUUUUUUGAAUUUUAUUCCAGAUAGCCCUCAGCUAGAAUAUACACAGGAAUGUAAGACAAAGAAUGCCAAUAUUCUAGGAUUCUGCUGGACAAGUUCUACAGAAAUUGUCUUCAUCACAGAUCAAGGAAUUGAAUUCUAUCAGGUAUUACCAGAGAAACGAAGUUUAAAACUUCUGAAGAAUCAGAGUAUUAAUGUCAACUGGUACAUGUAUUGUCCAGAGAGCUCUGUUAUUCUUCUGUCAACCACUGUCCUUGGCAAUGUUCUACAGCCAUUCUAUUUCAAGAGUGGAACAAUGUCAAAACUAUCAAAAUUUGAAAUCGAGUUACCUGCGGCACCGAAAUCCUCCAAGCUCAGCCUUUCUGAAAGAGAUAUUGCUAUGGCUACAAUAUAUGGGCAGCUUUAUGUUCUGUAUUUGAGGCAUCACUCAAGGACUUCCAAUAGUACAGGAGCAGAAGUAGUCCUCUACCACUUACCAAGAGAGGGCUCCUGUAAGAAGACACGUAUUUUAAAGCUGAACAGAACUGGAAAGUUUGCACUGAAUGUUGUGGAUAACUUGGUGGUAGUACAUCAUCAAGAUACUGAGACUUCAGUUAUAUUUGACAUCAAGCUAAAAGGAGAAUUUGAUGGGUCUGCUACCAUCCAUCAAUUUGUACUUCCGCCUCGAUCAAUACAACCCUAUCAAAUACCUGUAGCAGGUCCAGCCUCUGUGACAAGUCAGUCUCCUGUUCCAUGUAAACUCUACUCUUCUUCUUGGAUCGUCUUUCAACCUGAUAUCAUCAUCAGUGCAAGCGAAGGUUACCUCUGGAGUCUUCAAGUGAAACUUGAACCUGUAGUUAACCUCUUGCUAGAUAAAGGAAAACUAAUGGAUUUCCUUCUCCAAAGGAAAGAAUGCAAAAUGGUUAUCCUAUCUGUAUGCUCCCAAAUGCUCAGUGAGCCAGAAAGGGGAUCAUUGUCUGUGAUUGCAACUGUUUUUGACAAACUGAAUCAUGAAUAUAAGAAGUACUUGGAGGCUGAGCAAAGCUAUACUAUGGUGGUAGAAGCAGGCCUGAGUAGAAGCAAUCCACUCCUGAAACGUCCAGUCCGCAGUCAAGCAGUUAUUGAUCAGUCUGACAUGUACACACACGUUUUAUCUGUAUUUACAGAGAAGAAGGAGGCACCUCAUAAGUUCACUAUAGCAGUCUUGAUGGAAUACAUUCGCUCUCUUAACCAGUUCCAGAUUGCAGUUCAGCACUACUUGUAUGAGCUGGUUAUCAAAACCCUUGUUCAGCACAACUUGUUCUACAUGCUCCAUCAGUUUCUGCAGUACCAUGUGCUCAGCGACUCAAAGCCUUUGGCUUGUCUGUUGCUGUCCUUGGAAAGCAUUUACCCUCCCGCACAUCAGCUCUCUCUGGACAUGUUAAAAAGACUUUCCACCGCAAAUGAUGAAAUAGUGGAAGUUCUGUUGUCCAAACACCAAGUUUUGGCUGCCUUGAGAUUCAUCAGGGGUAUUGGAGGACACGACAGCAUUUCAGCCCGCAAAUUCCUUGAUGCAGCGAAACAAGCAGAUGAUGAUAUGCUUUUCUAUACUAUAUUCAGAUUCUUUGAACAAAGAAAUCAGCGGUUACGAGGAAAUCCUAGUUUCACACCAGGUGAGCACUGUGAAGAACAUGUCACCUUCUUCAAACAAGUCUUUGGAGAACAAGCUCUCAUGAAGCCCACAACGUUCUGAAAGACUCUUCCACUGAAAUGUAUAAACUUAAUUUAUUGCAUUUAAGUAGAUUUUUGAACUACAAAAUUGCUAUUUUAUAAUAAAGUAUAUACAAGACAUUUUGGCAAA